CCACGCCUUGCCACAUUCGUACUCAAACACUUUCAGCAUUCAGUUCUCGAAGGGAGGCUCGGAGGCGUUCUCUUUGCAGCAUAUUGAACAGUCAUACCUACAGCUUGCAAUCAAGCUUGCACAAGACGUACUAUCAUGGCCUAUGAAGGAUACACCACUUUUAAAGUAGAGAUCAAGGAAGGUGUGGCGUGGGUCACAUUUGACUUUCCUCCAGUGAAUGUCCAAGGAAAGCCGAUGUUGAACGAUCUCAAUCGUUUGGCCGAAACUUUGGAACCGGAUCGCUCCAUCAAAGUCGUGGUAUUUCAGUCUGCCCAUCCUGACAUUUUUGUUUGCCAUGCAGAUAUCGACAUGUUAACCGAGAUUCCGGCUAAAGAACGCUCCAUGGACGAACCUUUACUGUACCUGCAGCAGGUGCUACAAAGGAUCAGUGCUCUCCCUCAGGCGACUAUUGCCAAGGUAGAAGGAAUGGCCCGCGGAGGUGGUCACGAAUUCAUGCUGGCUUGUGACAUGCGUUUCGCCGCCAGGGGGAAGGCAGUUUUCAUGCAAAUGGAGGUCGGUAUGGGCAUAGUUCCAUGCGGCGGGGGAACGCAACGACUUCCACGCCAGGUCGGUAUGGGUCGAGCCAUGGAGAUUAUCCUAGGGGCGCAUGACUUUGAUGCUGACUUGGCAGAACGAUACGGAAGCAUCAACCGAGCGCUGGACCCAAACGAAAUUGGGCCAUUUGUGGAAGAGCUGGCUAACCGUAUAGCUAAGUUCCCUGCAGGUUCCAUUACAGCGUGCAAAAGGAGUGUUCUGGCUGCUGUUGAAACUCCGAUUGAAGAGGGCCUAAAGAUCGAGGCAUACCAGCUAGGGCAAGCCAUGUCCACGACCCCUGGAGCUAAAAGAUUUGCUUUUGGAAAGGAACAGGGCAUCCAGGAUGAUUUGGAAACCCAGAAGAACUGGGACAAAGGAGUUAUGGACAUCCAAGCAGUUCAAUAACUAAGCAUUUUUCUUUAGCUGAGUUUGCAUAGAAAGACUGUCUUCACCAAUAUGUAGGUUCUGAUUACAUUUGAACUAGGAAAUAACAGCUGCAGUUAUAUGUAUUGUAAACAUGAUUUGGUAUGUCUAUCGAUUAUCUUUGUCCAUGUCAGUUUCCUUUUCCUUCGGCAAUGGAAUAUUAAAGUUUGGGCAUUGCAGGACGAAAA